AUGGUUGCAAUUGUAACACUAAUAACCGGUUGCUCGACUGGAAUGGGGUUCUCCACUGCUGUGCAUCUUGCUAAGGCGUCCAGCCGAGAGUUUAAGGUGUACGCUACAAUGAGAAACCUGUCUAAAAAGGAUAAUCUGGAAACAGCCGCCGGGGACACUCUGAAUAAAAGGUUGUUCAUCCGGGAACUUGACGUUACCAAAAAGGAAACCAUCACGUCUGUAGUGGACGAGAUUAUGCGAGAAAAUGGGCGAAUAGACGUUGUUUUUAACAAUGCUGGAUUUAGUCGGUUCGACGCCUCUAUGUUCCAAGAAAUCACGCCAGAAUCCUUGGCGUUAGACAAAGAUAUGAUGGAUACAAACUUCUGGGGCCCGAUGCAGGUCCUUCAAGCCGUCUUACCUAUCAUGAAGAAACAGAGGGCAGGAAGAAUCAUAAAUAAUUCUAGCGUUGCCGGCGUGGCAGGAAGCCCCUUUCUUGGUAUGUACUCGGCAUCAAAGUUUGCCCUUGAAGGUUUCUCAGAGAGUGUCGCACCAGUGCUUCGCAAAGCAUACAAUAUCAGAAUCAUAUUAAUAGAGCCCGGACCAGUCUACACCCAACCCCAUACCACCAUCAUGCAAGAGUCAGGGUUCAAGCCCGAAUACAUCUGCAGCAGCUGGGACAACGUGUCCCAAAAGCUCUUCAUCGAUUUCUGGAACAAGGAAUUUUACCCCGAAAUCAAGAUUGCGCAACAGCCAGAGGAGAUUGCCGAGUUGGUAGAGAGGGUUAUACUCACUGAGAACCCACACCUCCGUUACCAGACAAGCGCCCUGCAGACAGAGAAGGUUGCUGCCAAAAUGGUGGACCCAACGGGAGACACCGGUCUUAAAGAACGCCAGACUUUUAAAUAA